CUCACAUCGACUCCGCCGUCUCUCUCUCCUCCUCUCUCCCUCUCUCUCUCUCUCUCUCUCUCUCCGGUGCAAUGCCUCUGUUCCUUUCCUUUCUCACUUCGCUCUAGUGAGAAGAACAGAAGCAUUCGUCGGCGCAAACUCAGAGAGAGCGAGAGAGAGAGAGAAAAAGUGAAGACAGUGGUCUUGGAAGGGUAAAAUAGGGAAGUGAGAGCAGGGAGAGAAGAAACCGAGCGGAGGCAUUUCCUCUGUACUUGCCUUAUCUGCGCAAGAGAAGAAAGACGGAGACAACUGAGAUCUACGUUGCACAUUUACCAUCUCCGUCACUAGCUUCCCAAAACGCCAGCUUUGACCUAGUUAGCUUCCCCAUCACCCUUACCAUCUCUGGGACAAUUUCCUCAGCCAACCCCCACUUUCCAUCCUAAAUAACAUCCCGAGUUUUUUCCUUUUUUUUGUCUCUCCGUGCUCUGCUUCGGAAAACAGAGCACAGGUGAAACAGAGUCUUGGAGUGUCUGUCCCGGAAAUGGCGCAAAUCUCGGGCAAGGACCUGAUCCCGAACUCGUUCACCAUGUCCCGGGAGGACAUCGCGGGCCACGUGGGGAUGGUGUGGGAGCUGAUCAAGGCGCCGCUGAUCGUUCCGUUGCUGCGGCUCUCCGUCUACGUAUGUCUCGCGAUGGCGCUCAUGCUCUUCUGCGAGAGGGUCUACAUGGGCAUCGUCAUCGUCCUCGUCAAGCUCUUCUGGCAGAAGCCCGCGAAGCGCUACCAUUGGGAGCCCAUCGAGGAGGACGUCGAGUCCGGGGGCUCCAACUUCCCCUUCGUCCUCAUCCAAAUCCCAAUGUACAACGAGAAAGAGGUUUACAAGAUUUCGAUCGGAGCUGCGUGCGGGCUGUCCUGGCCGGCAGACCGCCUCCUGAUCCAAGUCCUCGACGACUCGACCGAUCCCGCGAUCAAGCAAUUGGUGGAGCUAGAGUGCCAGAGAUGGGCGAGCAAAGGGGUGAACAUAGUGUACCAGAUCAGGGAGACGAGGGGCGGGUACAAAGCCGGGGCGCUCAAGGAAGGGCUGACGCGGGGGUACGUGAAGGACUGCGAGUUCGUGGCCAUCUUCGACGCGGACUUCCGGCCGGAGCCCGACUUCCUCAAGCGCGCCAUCCCUUACUUCCUCCGCACCCCGGACCUCGCCCUGGUUCAGGCUCGCUGGAGGUUCGUGAACGCGGACGAGUGCUUGUUGACGAGGAUGCAGGAGAUGUCGCUGGACUACCAUUUCACGGUGGAGCAAGAGGUGGGCUCGGCCACCCACGCCUUCUUCGGCUUCAACGGAACUGCGGGCGUGUGGAGAAUCGCGGCCAUCGAUGAGGCGGGCGGGUGGAAGGACCGCACCACCGUGGAGGACAUGGACCUCGCCGUCAGGGCUAGCCUCCGCGGUUGGAAGUUUGUCUACCUCGGCGACCUCCAGGUGAAAAGUGAACUUCCAAGCACUUUCAAGGCUUUCCGUUUUCAGCAGCACCGUUGGUCCUGUGGUCCUGCCAAUCUGUUCAGGAAGAUGGUGAUGGAGAUCGUCCGGAACAAGAAAGUCAGGUUCUGGAAGAAAGUGUACGUCAUAUACAGCUUCUUCUUCGUCCGGAAGAUCAUAGCCCACAUGGUCACCUUCUUCUUCUACUGUGUCGUGCUUCCCCUCACCAUUUGGAUCCCCGAAGUCCGCGUCCCGAUUUGGGGCGCCGUUUACAUCCCUUCCGUCAUCACCAUCCUUAACUCCGUUGGAACUCCGAGGUCGAUUCACCUGUUGUUUUACUGGAUCCUUUUCGAGAACGUGAUGUCCAUGCACCGGACCAAGGCCACCCUCAUCGGUCUCCUAGAAGCCGGGAGAGUCAACGAGUGGGUCGUCACGGAAAAACUUGGAGACACUCUCAAAAACAAAUCGAAGAAGCCGCGAUUCACUUUCAAAAUCGGAGACAGACUCCAUCUCUUGGAGCUCGGGUUCGCAGCAUUCCUAUUCGUCACCGGUUGCUACGACUUCUUGUAUGGGAAGAACAACUACUUUGUAUACCUGUGGCUCCAGACGAUCACUUUCUUCAUCGCGGGAUUCGGCUACAUCGGGACAAUUGUGUAGACGUGGUGAGCUUACUUCAUCAUCGACGACCUCAAAAAGCGAUGGUCAUCGAACGGCCGAACCGCGAAAGGCCCCGAAAUUUAGUGUGUUUCCAGCAUUUUGUGUUUUACAGCAUAGUUUUAUAAUGAGUGGAAUCAUGAGGGCAAACCUCCAAUUAAGUUAUUGAUUGUUUCGGAUCAUAAGGUCCCAAACGGUUUGUGGCAGAGAGCCCUUGCCAUGCUUCAUCCCAGACAUAUGUUGGCUUUUAGUUUUUGGGUAAUUACUGUCAGGAAAGUACAGAAGGGGUGAAAGAACAAAACCCAAUGUUGCAAUUCUUUCUAUACACACAGUUCAGUUCAGUUCAGUCAUGUUCAGUCAUGUAGGGGAAUAAGAACAAGCUUGUUAAUUAGUUUUAGUUGACAGAGGAAUGGGAAUUUGUAUUAUCUCAA